UUAUAAGUUGGGGAGUUGAAUGAUUUGUGAUUUUGCAGAAUAAGAAUUUUUGCAUGAUGAGCGUCACCCCUGCUACAAUUUAUGCAUUCCGGCUUUUUUUGCAAACUUCGCAAAUGCAAAUGUUACAAAAUCCUCGGGAAAGAAAAAUAGAAGUCACGGAAACUUUUUGUUUACACUUUCCAAAAUUUUUAUUUUUAUUAAAAUUUACUCAUUUCCCAAGACCCGAAGUUACCAAUUUUCAAAAAUGGGACUGCCUCCGGUCAAAUUAUUUCUUAUCUUUGCCUUCUUAUCUUUAGUUUCUCCUUCCUCCGUGUCUGAUGAAAGAUCGUCCUUCUCCGUCGAGCGGCCCACUUUGGAAGAAUGGAUGGAGGACAUUGGCGUCAGUGCGGACUCAUCCUCGUUCGAAAAAUGGAUCGAAAUUCAGGGCCCUCCAGACUCAAAACUUGGCCAAGAAUGUGACACCACGGCCUUCAAGCAGUUCUCGUUCUUCGAAUUGCUCAACAUUGCUGCGACCGAUGGCAAAUUGAACAGCAAAGCCGGGAUCGACAGAGUUUUUAAAGAGAUCCGGAAACUGAUUCAAUCCACCCCCGAGGCCACGAUCAAUCAAACGUGCGUCACGAAAGGUCAAAUUCCCGAACUGCUCGAGUGCAUUGACAAAGUCUGCGUCUGCUACAAGACCGGAAUUUGGGCGCCGAUGAAUCUCGUGGAAGAAAAUGGAGACUGUGUCAGCCCAAAUGGGGCCUGGUGCAUCCACUGGGGAAAUGAUGCUACGAAGGUCCUCUCCAAAUGCGCGGGUCGCGGAAGGUGCAACCCUCCCGAGGAAAAAUUACCCCUGCUUUGUGACCAGCUUGACAUGGGCGUCUGCGCCGGGGGCAGAGGACCCGUCGCCAAAACUAAUAUCACAGACGCCCCGAAAUGUUUCGUGAGUGGAGCGGAUCCCACUUUUAGACCAAAGCUUACAUCGCUCAUAAUUAUUGUAGUGUCGAUAAUGAUAAUGGUUUUACACAUGAAAUAAAAAUUUAAUUGCUUCUUAA